AUGAGUACUGAUACUAUCCCCCUAACGUCAGCACACGCGGAACGCACUCGCUUCCGUGUUAGCCGCACCGACAGCAGUACUGCAGGGACCGUCAUAGUUGGCUCUGACGAGAUCGGCAUCACGUUGACCACCGCCAAUCUGUCCGUUAAUAUCAUCGACACCACCGGUCAAGUGAUACUUUCAAGUGCUCCUAAAUCGGGGUUGAAGUUUAGCAGCCUUUUGGGCAAAUUCAACGUGGGGUCUACCUUGUAUAAGGACAGUCAGGGUUCGGACAUGAAGGAGCUCAUCUACACGGAUGACGGGGAAGAGUGGGAACUCGUUUGA